AUGGCUCCUUGCAACACGGAGCCCAUACCGCUUCACGAAGGCGUGACAUCGCGCCAAUUGAACUGGCGGCAACAAAGCCUCGUGCGACGAGCUGUUUCCUUUGUGCAGGACGAUCUCCAGCAUGUCUUGAGUUUUUCCCCCUUUCUCCGCUCUCCACCCCAUCACAACCAGAGCGCCCUUUUGCAUCGAACCGAGAUUCAAACAGGCCAACUUUUGGGCUACGGUGGUUUUUCGGAAGUCCAUGAAAUCGUUGGAUUUGCCCUGAAUCCAAGCGUGUCUCACCAAUUGACACCCUUUCAGCAAAGAGCUCGCCUACUGUUACAACGUCAAUGUAUAGAUCCAGUCACAGGACGGGGUCGUUACGCGAUCAAACAUUUGCAGGCACGAUUACUGGAGAAGAAUUCCGACGAAUUUGCCCAUGCGGCAUCAGACUUGGCCGUGGAAGCCCAAUAUCUUGGCGCCAUUGAACACCCGCAUAUUUUGUCAGUCCGAGGACUUCCAAUUGAAGGUAUUCACGCGCUAGCAGACGGAAAGCACGACGCAUUUUUCAUAGUCACCGACCGCUUGGAAGACACUCUCGAUAGACGGGUUCAGAGUUGGCAAACCAGAGAUGCAGACGUUCUGUACAAAGCCGAGUUGGCUCUUCAGCUCGCCUCGGCUUUGGAAUAUUUGCAUGAACGAAGGAUUGUAUUCCGGGACUUGAAACCCCAAAACAUUGGAUUCACGUCAGAUGGUACCCUGAAGCUAUUUGACUUUGGUCUGUGUCGCGAGCUGCCCUCGCCCGAUCUUACUUGUUUUGCGGACGUUUACGAAGUCUUUAGCAUGUCGGGAGUCGGCACCCGCCGGUACAUGGCACCGGAAGUUGCGAACGAAGGCAAGUACAACUGCAAGGCGGAUGUCUACGGUUGGAGUAUGGUAGUAUGGGAAAUGUUGAAUACCUCGAAACCAUAUCCUACAUAUUCGCUUGAAGAUCACAAACAGCGGGUUUGUAUAGAAGGCGAACGACCUCCCAUCAAUCGGUCGUGGCCUUUGCAGCUUCAAGGCUUACUAACGCAAGCCUGGACACCGUUGUUGCCUGAACGAUUGACUUCACGAGAAGUCUGUGGUAUGUUACACGGUACGAUCAAUUCCAUUAAAUUAUCUUUAUUGUUGGAUUCGCCGGAGUCUCCGAUUGCGGUUGCGGAGUCGGCUUGGGCUAUUGACCACACUUCAACUGCUAUCACAUCGAUGUCCUCCUCUUGGGGCCUCGCCAAAGCCAGUUGCUCUCCCGACAGUAUACGGCUCAGCUUGCCUCCAGAUCUUUUGAAUGCUUCGUACUCCUCAGACACUUGCAGUUUGUUGGAUAGAAGCUUGAUGGCCUUGACUGUCUCUUCCAGCUCGUCCAUGGAAGGGUUUGAAGUGACCUCCACGGCAGAACCUUAUCAGCAUCAUCAGUUUCCCUCCCAAGAUGAAACGUAUUGGGGCCGCAACAAAUUGGUGCAAUACCAUUUCUAACCGCAUGUGCCAUUGAGUGUAAGAAAAAGUACAUUAGUAUCUAGUCCUUGUACAAAUAUAUAUAAUUAAAGCCGCUCAUUUUGUUUACACUACACAUUCGACAUGAACUAAUUGAUGUGCGGAUCUCCCGAUAAUAAGUCACUAUAGUAGCCCCAGAUGAGAUCAAUGUGGCCGUAGUGAUCGGCGUCAACGGGAUUAAGGAGAGAAGAGUAUUUCUGGUCGGGCAUGG